AUGUCGCUGCAGCCGUCUUCUUCGGCUCUGUAUCAGCAACUGUCUAAGACCUAUGACGGCUAUGGUAGAGCUUGGCCAUCGAUUCCGAGAUACCCCACCCUAGAAGAAUGUUCACCAGACUUCAACUCUCCUGGGCGAAUUCGUGGACCAGGAAACAGCUUCUUGAUCAACAUCAAGAACACCGCGUACGUUGCGGUUCUCUGGACCAACCAGACGGCGAUGAAUACAGGCAUCUGGAACUACCAUAUUGCGCUCCAAACUACGCCCCAAACUCCCAUUUCUUUCCUGGAUCUAUACAAGCAAGGAUGGUACCCUGCGUAUCAUGAGCAUGAGACUGGCCAGUGGAUUUCCGAGCUCACCACUGGUGUCAUUCCCGCAGAAGGAGCCAAUACCCGUAUCGGGGCUGAAGGCGAAAUAGUCGUCCUGGUGAACAAGGAUAAACUCUAUUUUGCCACUUCUCCGUUUCCAGACCCACCUCUGAACCCCAUCUUAUUGUGCAACCCCGAACUUAGCCAGCCUCCGCAACCGUUUGACUUCUAA